AUGUUAAUGAGUAUAUUAUCUACCAAUUGGAUAUUUGCUGUUUCACGUAAUACGACUGGUACUGGAAUGAUGCAUAAUAUACCAUUAAAAUUUGAAGAUUGUAGCUGUGCGUUAUCAUCUAAAUGUGUAUCAUCAUCUCGAGGUAUGUUAUCUGGUUGUUAUCCGUUGGAGUCUAUUUUACAAUCGACAUUGACCUGUCUCAGUGAUCAAACAUGUAUUGAUCCGACGAAGACUUUUAAAGCAUUAAGCAGUUCUUCAUCAAUACCAAGUCGUUUUCCUCUGAAUACAACUAUUGGAUCGAUUGUAAAUGAAUUAAUGGUUGAAGAAUUAUUAAGUAAUAUGUCGUAUGAAGCUUAUUAUAAACAAUGUGCACCAUUAUCAUGUACUUAUUCUUAUAUUGACAAUACGAAUGUGAUCGAUGGUAUAACAGUUUUAAUUAGUCUAUACGGUGGUUUAGUAAUUAUCUAUUGGAUAUUGGCUAUUAUUAUAGUUAAACUAUAUUUACAUGAAACAACAGCAGAAAGAACCAAUUCAUCUGUAUCAACGACAGGAGAUAACAGCUCAACAAGUUUAACAACACAAAGCACUCAAUUUUUAAUCCAAUCAAAUUAUACAUCCGUUUUGACUACUAGUAAUCCAAUGACUUGUCGUCAGGUAUCUUGUUUGGCCACAUAUUUUUAUUAUGAAGCCAUCAAAAGUAAUGUUUCUGUUGCUGGAAACUAUACAAUCAUUUCUAGUAGUAGCAUUGACACAUAUGGCUUUCUCUUCAAUAAUAGUUUUGAUCCUCUGAAUCCAAUACGAAAUUUACUUUUGUAUGAUGAUGAUAGUGGUGGCAAUCAGCAGUUCGAACUUACAUAUUUCUUACAACCUCUGGUAAAUUAUGUUGUAGUUACAUCGACAUACAUUCAAUAUCAAACGGGCACAUUCUCACUUAUUGCAACUGGUCCAGGAGUAAUUAAUUUUACUCGAAUAAUUACACCAAAUAGUACAAUCAUAAUCCAAUCAAAUUAUACAUCAGGUUUAACUAUCUAUAGUCCAACAACUUGUCAUCCAGACAAUUGUUCAAAUUCAAAUUUUUAUUAUGAAGCCAUCAAAAUUAAUGUUUCUGUUGCUGGAACCUAUACAAUUGCUUGUAGUAGUAGCAUUGAUACAUAUGGUUUUCUCUUCAAUACUACUUUUGAUCCUACGCAUCCAACAGAAAAUUUACUCUUGUAUGAUGAUGAUGGUGCUGGCAAUCAACAGUUCAAGCUUGUAUACUUUCUUCAACCUUCGAUAAACUAUACAGUGAUCGCAACAACAUAUGCUCCAUUCAUAAGUGGAAGCUUCUCGCUUAUUGUAACUGGUCCAGGAGUAGUUUAUUUUACUCGAAUAAGUUCAUCAAAUAGUACAAUCAUAAUCCAAUCAAACUAUAGAUCAGUUUUAACUACCUAUAGUCCAACAACUUGUCAUCCAGACAAUUGUUCAAAUUCAAAUUUUUAUUAUGAAGCCAUCAAAAUUAAUGUCUUUGUUGCUGGAACCUAUAUAAUCGCUUGUAGUAGCAGCAUUGACACAUAUGGUUUUCUCUUCAAUACUACUUUUGAUCCUACGAAUCCAACAAAAAAUUUACUCUCAUAUGAUGAUGAUGGUGCCGGCAAUCAACAGUUCAAGCUUGUAUACUUUCUUCAACCUUCGAUAAACUAUACAGUGAUCGCAACAACAUAUUAUCCAUUCAUAAGUGGAAACUUCUCACUUAUUGCUACUGGUCCAGGAGUAGUUUAUUUUACUCGAAUAAGUUCAUCAAAUAUGACAGCAGUUUCAGGUAAUCUUUCUUUCUACGGUGUUCAACUUAAUUUCGAUACUCAAGCAUUAUCUAAUGAUUGGUCACUUUGUUACAAUGAUACUUAUAAUGUUAUUUUGAAUGAUAGUGUUCUUAUAUCUAUUUUGGGAAUAUGUAAUAAACAAAAAUUAAUGCUUGGUUGUCGUCCAGUAGGAAGUUCUUUAUUAAGUGUAGCAGCUAUGGGUCUUCGAGAUGAUGUUUUAUACAGUUGUGGUAUGUCAACUAGUUGUACACAUGUAGCUAACGGUGUUGGAUGGUAUUUUGCAUAUGAAUACUCGUGGGGUUUUGUCAACAAUAAUGAUGUAGUGUAUCGGUCUGCAUGUGAUACUGCAUCAACAAAUCCGAUAUAUAGACUUUGUUGGGAUACAAUAUCAGCUCAUGGUGGAUAUAGAUGUGGUAAUAUUACAGCUCUCAGUUCUUCUACAACAUAUCAACGGGUUAUUUAUCAUUCGAACUGA